UCGCAGAGAGCCUAUAUUCCUUCUGAAAUUCGCCAGUUACUGUGGAUGCUCUUAACUUGCACUAGCUACGGCGUGCAAUGUGUCCAGGAUAGAGUCACACUGUGAAUGUCGCCCGGAAUGACAGCGACCGACCCAGCGCUAGUCUCAAGGGUGCACCUGUGGGCAGAAGGAGGGGGGGUCUCGGCGCUUCAUUUGGCGAGAGCACGUUGUUUUAUGACAGAUUAACUGGAAAGAAUUAACUCCAGGACACGUCGUAUGCAUUUUUGUUUCUGCUAUUUUACCUGAAAACCCAAUCGAGGACGAAAACAUCCCUGCCGGUAAAAUCGUAGCUAUGGAUACGUUCGCGAAGACCCCAGUGCACCUCGGAGAGAAUCAAUAUGUGACCUAAUUAUUAUUUCCAGGCUCUGAUAAGACUGCUAUUCUGUUUUGCUCCGAAGGCGUGGUUCUGGGGCACUUGACGCUCGCCUCUUAGUCCUCCAUUGCUAUUCAUUCCAAUGCCUCAAUCGUACGGGCAGAUACAAACGCUACUUAACUGGCGCAAUAAUCAAAUUAAGCACAGCGCGCAACAGACGCAAAGACGUAUCAGGUAGGCAGUUUUCGUUUUCAUUGACUCGGAUCGUUUGGAUCUGUUCUGGAAGAUGCCGAAUUCGUUCACAAGGUCAGAUGUAACUUUCGUCCUGGAAUUCGAACGUUCAGAAAUGGUUCUGAGACCAGGAGAAGCACGCUGAUAUAAAGCAGAGCUGCAGCCCUCCAUUCUGUAAUCGACUGUGCCCUGGAGAAGGGGAGCGUGAAAUGGGCACCAUCCCCAAACCGAAAAGGACUGUCACCAUUCAGAUGGGACCUCACAUUGCUGUCGUGGACAGCUUUGGGAACAAGGAGCCCACUGCCAGCUGGGAGAAGGAGCCAAACCUGAAAUUGAACAGCACAUCUACGCCCCCGAAGGAGCACAGGCAGGAUAAUGUGUGCAUGGACAUGAGCACGGCCAACAGAAUCCACCACAGCAGACAGCCGAGCAGGGCAGACAUGUCCGCCUCCGCCUCCGUGGGUCACGGAGGGAACGGGGAUUCUGAGGGCCUGAUUGGACGAGGCCUGGUGCAGACUGGAGCUCUGAUAGGUCAGGGUACGGGUGAUUCGAGAGCUCUGAUAGGUCAGGGUGUGGGGGAUUCGAGAGCUUUGAUAGGUCAGGGUGUGGGGGAUUCAAGAGCUCUGAUUGGUCAGGGCUGCCAAGCAAGCGCAGGGGAGGAGUCGCCAAUACCGCCAAAGGACGAUUUGCGAGCGUGCGACGGGGUCUCGAAGGCGCUAGGCUUUGAGGAGCGGCCCGUAGAUCCCACAGCAGGGAGGCUCAGGUCUCACACACCUGAAGGUUUCCAAAAACGUGAAGUCACCUCGGCGUCCACUCAGGCAGCGAGGGAAACGUCUGGGCCAGAGCGGGCCUCCGCAGCGCGGGUGGCGAAGCGAGACCACGCUGGCAGCGCUGGCAUCCCGGGCAUCCCUGCUGAUGAAGACGUGCCGGUGAAAUCUGAUGGUUCUGUCCACACUGCGCUCCCGGCACAAACCGCCAAGCCUGAGGUUCACCAGGAGAACUCUGAACACCAGGGAAGUGAGAGAGAGCAGACGUCAUUUCUCAGUCUGAGGGAAGGCCUCUCAGGAGGCCAGGUAACCAGCGCUACUCUGCACAGCACCGAGCUGACGGACACCGAGGGGAACCCGAGCACCCACUGUCCCACGCAGGAGGAGUUAGGGGCGCAGAACGGCUCGGGCAGCUCCUCACAUCCUCACUCCUCAGGGCUGCUGCUGAGGGACUCUGCUGGAGGGCCGUGGAGCAGACCCGACCGUGCACAGGCGGCAGAGGGAGCUCCGCAGAGCACAGGUACCGCGACACAGGAAGUGCAGCCGAUACAAAGAGGACUCUGCAAACGCUUCCAGGACGUCGCCACCAUGACCGCGUCCCCCGAGCGCGGCGGGCCGUCCGGAGCGGCAUGGCGGGACGCGGAGGUGCAGGCGGUCCCCGAGGUCUGCAGCAGGUCCGCGGGGACAAGCCCCUCCCGCUUCCCUCUGGCCACGCCCCCCGGACUCUGCUGCGCGGCGGCAGGAGGGAGCGCUGGUCCCCCGGGGGCUGGCCCAGUGCAUGCUGGGUCACAACACGCGGCUCACCCGCCACGGGACGACACUUCGCCGAAAGAGGGCGGGGUCUUCAGCGACGCGUGCGUCCAAACCGCCGUCUCCGUCUCCUCUCGGGCCCGCGCCGGUCCGUCUCCGCCCCCCAGCAGCCCGGUCCCGGAGAGCGGCAGGUCGGGGGGCAUUCUGGGUAAAAGCACUGGAGCCAGCCGCCAUUCUGGCUCUGCAGGGCAUCAGGACAUGGAGCUGGGAGCAAGGCCCAAAGAGCCAGGGCUGCAUCUGGGCCACGUCCAGAAAGGGCCUUUACAGCCAGUUUAUCAGAUCAGCACUGCGGCGUGUAGCCAGUCAAACCACGCUUCCAGCAGCUUCCGUGAGAAGGAGCCAUCGAUAGCAGACCAGCAGAGUUUGUCCCAGUCAGAGUCUUCCAAUGGAAACCAUACAGGCAGCCUGCAUAAUAAACCUAUAGUCUCUAAUCACACGUGUCAUGCUGUCGCUGAUGUCAUGAGCUUUCCUGACCAAUCAGUGAGCGGUCCCACAGAUCCAGCCUGCUCCUCACCACAGGACUCCAGGCUUCAGGUAGAGACACAAACGCCGCCUGGUGUGCAAAGCCAGCAGGUGGAGCCGCUCGUGGUGGAGACAUGCCCCGAGCGAAAGGACGUUCCAGGUGAAGGGAAGUCCGAUCCAGAAUCAGAGCAGAGCAGCGGUCCGGAUCAGAGCCGGUCCAAAGCCGGGCCGGGUCAGAGCCGGUCCAAAGCUGGGCCGGGUCAGAGCGACGGGGCCGUCCCGCCGCGGCCGGAUCAGGGCGGUUCUGAAGACGAGGGCAAGGCGGGCGCGGUGCCCGAGGUGGUGUGGGACGAGCAGGGCAUGACGUGGGAGGUGUACGGCGCGUCCGUCGACCUCGAGUCCCUGGGCUUCGCCAUCCAGAGCCACCUGCUGUGCAAGAUCAAAGAGCACGAGAAGCAGAUCCAGACGCAGACGACCCGCCUGGGCCGGUCCCUGUCCUCCGAGUCGCCCCGCGCCGGGAAGACCCGCAAGCGCCCGCGCAGCGUCUUCCGCUCGCUGCUGCAGAACGUCCGCCGGCCCCCGUGCUGCCUGCGCACGCCCCCGUCCGCGCUGGAGUGA